AUGGGGAGAGGGAGUGAGAAAAAUGGGAGAGUUAAAGAAAUAGGAGUGGGAAAUAGGGAGUGGGGAGAAGGGAGUGGAGAGAGAGAGAGAGAGAGAGAGAGAGGUAGAGAGGGCGUGGGGAGAGAAAGGGAGAAUGGGGAGAGAGUAGGAGUGGGAAGAAAAGUGGGAGUCGAAAGAAGAGUUAAAAUAGGAUCGAAAGUGCGAUUUGGGAGAGUGAGAAUGAGGAAAAAGAGGGUGAGAGGGAAAGUGGAAAAGGAGAAAGGGAGUAGAGAGAGAGAGAGUAGGACUUGGAAGAGAGGAAGGGUGGGAGUUGAAAGAGAGAGAAGGGAUUGGAAAGGAGGAGGGGAGAGAAAGAAGAAAGGAAGAGAGUUGAAGUGGAGAGCAAGAGUGGGAGAGGAGAAUGUGGAGAGAACGUUGAAGAGGAGAGAGGGAGUGGGGAGAGGGUGGGAUUGGAGAGAGUGA